CUGAACAAACUGUUACCGCUGCGAUGAUGGAUCUGGAAGGAAGAUCACCCAGGAGGACGAGCGGUCGUGAUCAAGAGCAAGAGCAAUGUGUGGCACUGAAGAAAGAAGACAGAGGAAUCCAAGAAUCGAAGCCACACGUUUUUGUCCUUGGGACGAUUUCGUAACCUUUGCACGCUUUUUGCUUCCUCCACUCACUGAACAUUUCUGCAUUCAAUUAUGAUGGCUGUUUCGCGCUCAGAUCUGCUAGCUUGGUUGAACGAGCUUCUGCAACUGAACUAUACCAAGAUUGAACAAUGCGGUACCGGCGGAGCCUACUGUCAAAUCCUUGACUCCAUCUAUGGCGAUCUUCCAAUGGCGCGAGUUAAGAUGAACGCAAAGCACGAGUACGAAUUCGUCGCCAAUUUCAAAGUCAUGCAGAACGUCUUCAAAGCAAAAAAAAUCGAUAAGCCUAUACCCAUCGAGAAGCUUGUCAAAUGCAAGAUGGACAAUCUAGAGUUCUUGCAAUGGAUGAAGCGAUUCUGGGAUUCCAAUUACGGCGGACAGGGAUAUGACGCAGUUGGACGUAGACGUGGUGCACCAGCUGAACCGCCAGCGACCAUUGCUCCGCUUUCGACGGGGGCGCGCAGCGCCAGUACCGUUCUGGGGGUUGGUCGAUCCGGUGGAAAGACACCUAUCAGCGGACAUCGGGCAGGCUCUACGCAACCCAAUGAAGCCAUGCAGGCAUUGCAGACCCAGCUCCGCGAAAUGUCGACGCAUAUGGAAGGCUUGGAGAAGGAAAGGGACUUCUAUUUUGCAAAGCUUCGGGAUAUCGAGAUCCUCGUUCAGCAACAAUCAGAGACACUGGAGAGCCAAGGCAAGGAAGAUGAUAACCUUAAAGAGAUUCAAAAGAUCCUCUACUCAACAGAGGAUGGUUUCGAAGUUCCUGAGAAUGCUCCCGUCGAUGAAGAGGAAACUUUUUGAUUGCGCAUGCCGCUGGAGUAUAGGAAGAAGUCUUUGUGUCAUAUCCUAUGAUAUCACCUCUACCCUC